AUGUCUGUGAAGAAUCGUCUUUUCGAUGGCGCAAAGUUGAUGCUGAUGCUUGGUGGUAUUUGGAAACUAAAAACAAUGAAUACAAUUUCCAAAGGUAUAUUUUCGUCAAUUGUGGUGAUAAAAGCAAGAAUGUGCCAAACAACAAAGAUUGUGCGUCUGAUUUCCGCAGUUUUGGAAGAAGAACAACGUAUCUGCAGUGACCAAAAUUCAAAAGGAUUUAAAACUUACACCAGGCACACAAAUUUUUGCAACAAGUUGGCGUUGUUUAUCGUUGUGUCUAUUGUUUCCACGGGGGGAUACGUCUUGGUGUUAGGAUAUGUGGCUAUCUUCAAAUACUACACUUCCCCGCCGUCGCCGAACAGUGAAAAUAGUACAGAAGAAAAGCCCAUAAUACUUAACUUCUGGUAUCCAUUUGACAUAAACAGAUAUUACCUUUGGACAGUAGCAGAUGAGACCGUGGCUGCAGUGUAUACAAUGAUAUGGAGUACCGCUGUCAAUACGUUUAUAAAUUCCAUUAUGGUUUUUCUAAGAGCUCAACUCAUAACUCUUCAAUAUAAAUUUAGCCAUUUCCACAAAGAAAGUCCUGAACAAGCAAGUUUUAAAUCCCUCAAGGCUUUGUCCGUAAGACACCAGGAUAUAAUCCAGUACGUCGAAAGUUUCAAUGAGUCCCUGAAGUACGUCUUGCUACUAGAAUUCAGUAUUGCGUCCAUAAUGCUUGCAACUUCUCUCUUCCAAACAUUUGCGGGCAUAGAUGUCGCUUUCAACUGUGCAUUUAUCAUAAUGUCCAGUGGUCAAAUAAUUAUGCUAGCGUGGAAUUCCGAUGAAAUCUUAACUCAGAGUUCAAAUCUCGCGGAUGCUUUAUACCAAAGUAACUGGUAUGAUCAGAGUAAUGAAGCAAAAAUUUUAAUUCGCACUAUGCUUCUAAGAUGUCAGAGGCCCUUAACAAUGUCGAUUGGACCUCUUGGCCCAUUAACGCUGGAUGUUGCUGCCUCGAGAUUCAAACUGGCGUACACAUACACUUCCGUCAUAACUGGAACAUUGUCUGAAUAAAAAAAAUCUCUUUAAUGCAGU